UGAAGUAAAUCUAAUAUAAGUAUGAAUGUAGAAGAACGAUGUAUCCAUUUAUGUAUAGUUCAUGGUAUUGAGGGGUAAUUAUAAAGAAAACACCCCUGUCGGGGCAUACUACUUUGUAAUCAUGGCGGACGACGAAGAAAUCGACAUAGAGGGAGACGAUGACGCCCCUUUAUUGUUUGACCACAAGGAUGAUGCCCUGGCGCUGCCGGAUCUACCUGGCUACGAGCCCAACUGGAUGUUCGACCACGGACAGAGCUGGACGUUUGAUGAGGACAUGGAUGAACAGAGCCGGUCGGCCAUCGAGAAGAUGUUACAGGAAGAGCAACUCUACAUACAUGGAAGAUCCCAUUCUUCCUAUCCGGGGGAGGCCAGCAGCAGCCGAGGGAAGACACAGAAGUCGAAGACCCGUGCGACGCCCCACCUUCCGUCCCACGGGCAGCCCUGGACUGACGAGGAGAAGAGGCUGUUUGAGACUGGACUGGAGAUCUACGGCCGCAGCUGGACCUCCAUCUCACAGUUUGUACAGACCAGGACUCCGCUCCAGGUCAAGAACUACGCAAGACACUUCUUCAAGACAAAGGAAAAAGAAGAGGACCCUCCUGAUGACGACAAAAACAAACCUUCCUUUACUGAUGAGGCAAAGAGUACUGCUGUCUCUACUUCCUCUGCUCCCGGCACACCAAAAAGGAAAAGAGCCCAGGAGACAAAAUGUGCCACCCCUAAGACAGAGCAGGCUUCUAAGAAAGUGAAAGUUGUAAGGAAGAUGGAGGAAACGUUGAUGGAAAGUGACCCAGUAGAACAACAGGAGGAGAAAUUGCUUGAGUCGGCUGCAACUACAGCCAUACCUGACAAGUAUGGGCACAUGCAGGUGGUCCAGAAGGUGGAGGAAGGGGAGGAUGAGGAUGUGGAUAUUGAGGGGGAGGAGUCAGGGGAGGAGGCAGUCAUGGAGCUGAGGAGUACAUGUGGCCUGAACCCAGCCCAACCUGCAGUUGUUACAAGUGACGACACUUCCACAGGGGAAAAUGUAAUGGAAGAAACAGAAGCUGUUACUGAAGACCAUCCUUCCUUAGACAACCUUGUACAAGACGACAGAGAAAUGCCACAGCAGGAGACCACAGGAGACGGGGAACAGUAUCCCAUGGACGAACACUUUCUCCCCGUGUUUCCGUGGCAACCAGACGACACCCAAAACCGAGUGAUUGUCGAGAGGAUUGAGGGGAGCGUGGGGCUUGGCUCUGUUAGGGGAGACAAGGAUGUCAGACCUGUUCCCGGUGUAGAACAAAACACGUACGGACCACAUACAGACAUGUUUCAGGUACAAAACACCCUGCUGGCUUUUGAGAAGCAGGUUGGAGCUGACAGAAUAUUUGAGGGACCAUCUGAUAUUAAAAACGAAGCCACAGACACUCGGACAGAAGUAUCUGAAACUAAAACGGAAGUCAUAGAAAGACAGACAGAGUCACAAGUGGACGCUGCGCACAUGCACACAUACGGAGAUGGGUUGAUGGGGAGCAUCGAAAGACUGUCAGAAUCUUCAAUUGAACUUAAAGAAGACUUCAAGACAGGAAUUCAAGAUGUAGAAAAAGGUAAUAUCUUUAAGGAGGUGAAAAUAGAAAACGAAAAAGAAACAGCUGAUUGCGGAAAUUCAGAGCAGCAAAAUACUCCUAGUGCGGAAAACAUUUCUGAACAAAGACUUCCAGGCCUGGCCACGCCAUCUGAGUCUGUAUCUCUGAACAGCACAAAUGCAGUAGCAGACUCUAGUAGCACUGGAAAAAGUUACGAUAACUACACUUUAGACCAUCCUGAAGACCGGUCCAAACCUGAUAACUACAACCUAGACAUUCCUGAAGACAGGUCCAAACCUGACUUUGUAGUAAGUGAGAAAUGGAGUUGUGAAGAGGUGAUGUCUUCCCACACGGACCGAACCUUCAGUGACAGUGAUAGCGGCAAGGAGACAUACGACCUUCCUAGAUACAAUACCACAAUAUUUCAAGGUCACUCAGAAGACGAGACGUCUGACGCUGGGCAGGCGGAAGAAGAAACUUUCUUUACCUUUAAGAAACCGACAGAAGAAGUUGUUCUGGACAGGAGUGUUAUAACAGAGGAGGAGAAGGAGGUGCAUAAGGAGUUUUUUGAUGGAAGACAGACCAAGACGCCAGAGAGAUAUCUUAAGAUCAGGAACCACCUUCUUGACUGCUGGGAGCGGACCAAGCCCGAGUACCUGAGGAAAACGGUUGCUAGGGCGGGGCUGAGGAACUGCGGAGACGUCAACUGCAUCGGCCGUAUCCAUGGUUACCUGGAGAGGAUCGGCGCCAUCAACUUCGGCUGCGAGGAGGCCAACCGGGGCGAGUUUCCGGUCGCCAAGGUCGGGGUAAAGCGGAAUCCUCAAGGUCAUGGGGAGCAGCUGGCCCUGCAGGCCGCCCGGCUCGAGUCCAUGAGGCCGAGAAGACAGAAGCUAGUUCGGACGGCGUACGGUGACUGGACUGAUGGCGCAGAGACAGAGGGACUCACCAUAGAGCACGUGACCUCAGAUGAACUGGAGAAACAGAUGGAGGAGUGUCCCAAAUCAGGUCAGAGGUCAAAAAGCCUUUCAUUGUUCCGGGGAUUAAGAUUAAUGUACUCAUGUCCCAGCUGUUAUAUCGAUGACAAGGAAAGAACACUGCUUUAUCUAAUGUAAGGUUAAGCCAGUAACUCAUGCCAACCACUUUCUCCUACUUCAGACGCAACAGAUCCAGAGCGGCCAGGACUAACCUUAACAGUUUCUCCUACGACCCGUUCAAACUGGUGCCCUGUAAGAGGUUCAGCGAGGAAUCCCCG